AUACGUGACAGACAACGGUAACCAAGGAGAAUCGGAUGUUUACCAAAAUGUCUGCCUCUAUUUUCAACAAGUCCUACGUUGGAUAACGCAAGAACGUCGGGAUUGUGUCUAUUUCCAAAAGACUACACACAUUACAGCCGUUGGACAGAUUUUUCAAUUGUUUUUCAACCAUGCAACUAAAACAUCUGAAGACGCUUUUAACGCCCCAAGAGGGAGCUGCCAAAGUGACAUGUAUGACUUGGGCACCGAAUAACGGCAAAUUUGCUGUUUGCACUGUAGACAGGGUGGUCUUACUGUACGAUGAGCAAGGGGAGAAAAGAGAUAAGUUCUCUACUAAGCCUGCUGACUCUAAGUAUGGAAAGAAGAGCUAUGUUGUAAAGGCCAUGGCGUUUUCUCCCGACUCGACUAAAAUUGCCAUUGCUCAAACUGAUAACAUAAUCUACGUCUACAAAAUCGGAGAGGAAUGGGGUGAGAAGAAGGUCAUCUGCAACAAGUUUGUACAGACUAGUGCUUUGACAUGUUUGCUAUGGCCAGCAGAACACGCUAUAGUUUUUGGUUUAGCUGAAGGAAAGGUUCGCCUUGCAAACACAAAGACAAACAAGUCAUCGACAGUCUACGGAACAGACUCCUACGUUGUCUCACUGACAUCCAAUGUCUCCGGAAAGGGCAUGCUCUCAGGCCAUGCAGAUGGGACUGUUGUCAGAUAUUUCUUUGAUGAUGAAGGCUCAGGAGAUUCUCAGGGCAAAUUGUUGACCCACCCCUGUCCACCGUAUGCCCUGGCAUGGGCCUCCAACAGUAUCAUAGUGGCUGGAUGUGACAAGAAGAUAGUGGCCUAUGGCAGGGAAGGCCACAUCCUUCAGAUGUUUGACUACAGCGGAGACCGUUCUGAGAAGGAGUUUACAGUUGCCGCCACCAGUCCCAGUGGUCAAUCUGUGGUCAUCGGCAGCUAUGACCGAUUAAGAGUCUUCAAUUGGGGUCCUCGUAAAGGUGCAUGGGAUGAAGCUUCUCCAAAAGAGAUUCCCAACCUGUACACCAUUACUGCCCUGGCUUGGAAGAAGGACGGCUCACGACUCUGUGCAGGUACGCUGUGUGGGGGAGUGGAACAGUUUGACUGCUGUCUACGGAGAAGCAUUUACAAGAACAAAUUUGAGAUGACCUUUGUGGGGCUGAGUCAGGUGAUCGUGAAGAACCUGUCCACUGGGAUGCGGGUGGUGCUGAAGUCCCACUAUGGCUAUGAGAUAGACGAGGUGAAGAUCAUGGGGAAGGACCGCUACCUGGUGGCGCACACCUCUGAUACCCUUCUCCUGGGAGACCUGGUCUCCAACAAGCUCAGUGAGGUGGCAUGGCAGGGCUCCGGAGGAAAUGAGAAAUUCUUUUUUGAAAAUGAAACGGUGUGUAUGAUUUUCAACGCUGGGGAGCUAACGCUUGUGGAGUACGGCAGCAACGAGAUCCUGGGAUCAGUCAGAACUGAGUUCAUGAACCCUCACCUCAUCAGUGUUCGUCUCAAUGAGAGAAAGCAGAGGGGCGUCGAAGACAACAAGAAGUUAGCCUACCUAAUUGACAUCAAAACCAUUGCCAUUGUGGAUGUGGCCGCCGGUUACAACCUGGGAACCAUCAACCACGACUCCAAGAUUGACUGGCUGGAGCUCAACGAGACAGGGCGCAAGCUGCUCUUCAGGGACAAGAAACUGCGGCUUCACCUUCAUGACAUCGAGAGCAGCGUUAAGGCCACGAUGUUGAGUUUCUGCUCCUACGUACAGUGGGUUCCUGCCAGCGACGUAGUGGUGGCCCAGAACAGAGGCAACCUGUGUGUGUGGUACAACAUUGACAGCCCUGAGAGGGUCACCAUGUUCCCUCUUAGGGGAGAUGUCGUGGAUCUGGAGAGGUCCAAUGGGAAGACGGAGGUGAUCGUUACUGAGGGGGUCAACACUGUGUCCUACACUUUGGAUGAGGGCCUUAUCGAGUUUGGAACUGCUAUUGACGAUGAAGACUAUUAUAGAGCCACGGCGUUCCUGGAGACCCUGGAGAUGUCCUCUGAGACCGAGGCCAUGUGGAAAACUCUGAGCAAACUGUCCCUGGAGGCUCGUCAGCUCCACAUUGCGGAGAGAUGCUUUGCUGCCUUGGGGGAUGUCUCCAAAGCUCGCUUUCUGAACGAGACUAACAAGAUUGCUGACCAAGUCUCAAAGGAAUCUGGGGGCGAUGGUACGGAGUUCUACCAAGUCAAAGCACGUCUUGCUAUGCUGGAGAAGAACUACAAACUGGCAGAGAUGUACUUUAUGGAGCAGAAUGCCAUAGAUGAGGUGAUGGAGAUGUAUCAGGAGCUUCAUAUGUGGGAUGACUGCAUCGCCGUGGCUGAGGCCAAGGGCCACCCAGAACUGGACAACCUGCGGCGGAGCUACUACCAGUGGCUGAUGGAGACCAACCAGGAGGAGAAGGCGGGUGAGGUCAAGGAGGGCGAGCAAGACUACACGGCCGCCAUCAACCUCUACCUCAAGGCGGGCUUACCGGCGAAGGCCGCCCGAUUGGCUAUGAGCAGAGAAGAGCUGGUCUCCAACAAUGACAUCAUCAAUAGAAUCGCUGCUGCCCUCAUCAAGGGGGAGUUCUACGAGAGGGCAGGCGAUUUGUUUGAGAGGAUCAGGAACAACCAGAGGGCUCUUGACUGCUACCGCAAGGGCAAUGCCUUCCGGAAAGCCGUGGAGCUGGCUCGCAUGGCCUUUCCAGCAGACGUAGUGAAGCUGGAGGAGGCCUGGGGAGACUACCUGGUUCAGCAAAAGCAAAUGGACGCCGCCAUCAACCAUUACAUCGAAGCAGGCUGUUCCUCCAAGGCCAUCGAGGCAGCCAUUGGUGCUCGGCAGUGGAAGAAGGCAGUCCAUAUACUGGAGUUACAGGAGGACCGCUCAGGAGGGAAGUACUUCCUGAAGAUUGCCCAGCACUAUGCCUCCAUCCAGGAGUAUGAGGUCGCAGAGCCCCUGUUCGUGAAGGGAGGCUACAUCAAAGAUGCCAUAGAGAUGUACACAGUGGCUGGGCGCUGGGAGCAGGCCCAUAAGUUGGCAGCCGAAUGCAUGACCCCGGAGGAUUUGUCAGCGUUGUACAUCAGCCGAGCCCAGAACCUGGAGGCGGAGGGGAAACACAAGGAGGCAGAGAGGCUGUUUGUGACUGUGGAGGAGCCGGACCUAGCCAUCACCAUGUAUAAAAAGAACAGGAUGUUUGACGACGUGAUUCGCCUAGUGGCCAAACAUCACCCGGACCUCCUGGCUGAAACUCACUUGCACUUGGCCAAGGAGUUGGAGACCGAGUCCAGAUUUUCUGAGGCCGAGUAUCAUUACAUGGAGGGCCAGGAUUGGAAGGCUGCAGUCAACAUGUACCGUGUCAGCGAGCUGUGGGAGGAGGCCUACAGGGUGGCGAAGAGCCAUGGAGGUACAAGUGCCCAUAAGCAGGUGGCCUACCUGUGGGCCAAGAGUCUGGGUGGAGAGGCUGCAGUCAAACUGCUCAACAAGUUUGGUCUGCUGGAGACUGCCAUCGACUUUGCAGCAGACAACUAUUCCUUUGACUUUGCUUUUGAGCUGGCACGUCUCUCAACAAAGAACAAGAUCCCUGAGAUCCAUCUGAAGAAAGCCAUGUUCCUGGAGGAUGAGGGCAAGUUCGCCGAAGCCGAGACAGAGUUCAUCAAAGCGGGGAAGCCGAAAGAGGCAGUGCUGAUGUAUGUCCAUAACCAGGAGUGGGCCGGGGCCCUGAGGGUGGCCGAGGCCAACGACCCGGACAGUGUGUCAGACGUGCUGGUGGGCCAGGCCAGGUUCUGCUUUGAACAGAAGGAUUUCCAGAAGGCUGAGGCCUUCCUCCUCAGGGCUCAGAGGCCAGAGAUGGCCAUCAAGUACUACAAGGACGCGGACAUGUGGAGCGAUGCCAUGCGGAUCUGUAAAGAGUACCUCCCCACCAAGCUGAGCGUUCUCCAAGAGGAGUACGAGAAGGAAGCCACCAAAAAGGGUUCCCGAGGUGUGGAAGGCAUGGUAGAGCAGGCCAAGGAAUGGGAGCAGUCUGGGGAGUAUUCCAGGGCUGUGGAGUUUUACCUCAAGGUGAAAGACUCCACCAACGUCCCCCUCAUGGAGAAGUGCUGGAUGAAGGCUGCUGAGCUGGCCAUCAAGUUCCUGACCCAGGAGAGGGCGGUGGAUGUGAUCCAGACGGUCGGCCCUCGGCUCACCCAGCUCAGGAAGUACAGCGCUGCAGCUGAGCUGUACCUCAACCUGGACCUCAUUAAGGAAGCCAUAGAUGCAUUCAUCGAGGGAGAAGAAUGGAACAAAGCGAAGAGAGUGGCCAAGGAGCUGGAUCCAAGGUUUGAAGAUUAUGUUGACCAGCGAUACAAAGAACACUUGAAGAAUCAAGGGAAAGCAGACUCGCUGGUAGGAGUAGAUGUCAUAGCAGCCCUAGACCUGUAUGCAGAGAGAGGCCAAUGGGAGAAGUGCAUUGAGACUGCUUCCAAACAGAACUACAAGAUCCUUCACAAGUAUGUGGCGUUGUAUGCCACCCACCUGAUCAAGGAGGGGAAUGCGGAGAAGGUCCUGAGCCUGUAUUCUCAGCACGGCGCCCCGGCCAACCCACAGAACUUUAACAUCUACAAGCGCAUGUUCCUGGACCUGCUGUGUCUAUUGGGUCGGGACGGCGCCGAGUGCUACCGCAUGUGGGCAGACCUGAGAGAUGUCCUGAUACUGUUGUGCGAGAACAUGACCAAAUCUUCGGAGGCCAACUCACCUGCCCACGAAGAGUUUGAGCAGAUGCUACUGGUUUCUCACUACUACGCCACACGGUCUGCUGCCAAGGGGGUUGACCAACUGGCCAGUGUGGCUGCAAAGCUGUCCAUCUCCCUGCUGCGCCACACAGAGCUCAUUCCAGCUGACAAGGCCUUCUAUGAGGCAGGCAUGGCUGCAAGGACUGUUGGCUGGGAGAACAUGGCCUUUAUUUUUCUUAACCACUUCUUGGACCUAUCCGAUGGGAUAGAUGAAGGGAACCUGGACACUCUAGACCACUCAGAUUUCCAGGACACUGACAUCCCCUUUGAAGUUCCUGUCCCUGCUAAACUACAUGUCACUGAGGCCCAGCGGGAGGAAAUCCGUGACUGGGUCCUGGCGGUCUCCAUGGACCAACGGGUGGAGCAGGUGCUGCCCAAAGAUGAGAGGGACACCUACGAAGCCUCUUUACUGGCAGCCAACACAGGCAUCCGCUCCUUGCCCUGUGUCAUCACAGGCUAUCCAGUCCUGCGGAAUAAGAUUGAGUUCAAAGGGCCUGGAAAGGCAGCUAACAAGGAGGACUGGAAUAAAUUCCUAAUGGCCACAAAGACCACUCAUAGCCCAGAGUGCCAGGAUGUGCUGAAGUUUCUGAGUCAGUGGUGUGGAGGACUGCCGGCCUCCGGCUACUCCUUCCACUGAGAGCACAAGGCUGCUGAAAAACCCAUCUGCAUCCAGUGUAGCACACACUACAGUAACUUACCCCGCUGUGCUCCGCUCCGAGCCACCGCCUUCUUCUCUGAAUUAUUGAAUCAUUCCUCCGCCCUUGGCGUACACUCCCCGCCUCCUCCGUCUUUGGUUGUAGCAUUGACCAGUUCACAUCAUGCCAUAACCAUAGACUGGUAUAAGGGGACCUGCUGUUACAGCCACAUACAUUUCUAGAGUGCUGACAUCAGCAGGCCUUAGUGUCAGUAUCCUGUCUCCCUGUUGAUCGGAGCAUUCCUCCUUUAUUCGUCUCUGUGUGUCUUUAUAUAUAUAUAUAUAUAUAUGUGUGUGUGUGUGUGUGUGUGUGUGUGUGUGUGUGUGUGUGUGUGUGUGUGUGUGUGUGUGUGUGUGUGUGUGAGAGUGUGAGACUAAUACAUGUUUAAAUUUCUGUUCUCAUGUUUUGUAGAUGGAGUUGAGUAGGCUACAACCAAAGCGUGUAUUUUUUUUGUUGAGGAAAUUCAAGAUGCCUUUACACAGCUGGUGAUGUGUCUGCAUGUUCAGUAUUGUUAUCCAUAAUAAGAGUUUUGUUUUUCCAAAAGCAAUGUUUCUGAAUGAUAGGAGAAUUUAACUUAAUGCACUUUAGGUACAGGAUUUGCUUCACGUAUUGUUUGUUAAUAUGCUGUUCUGUAUUUUGUAUGUU